GCUUAACAAUCUGAGCCAUGCUGGUUUCUUUUUAGCCUCUACUCUCAGCAAUGGCAGUUGGUAAAAAUAAGGGUCUGUCCAAAGGUGGCAAAAAAGGAGUUAAAAAGAAGAUUGUAGAUCCAUUCACUCGUAAAGAUUGGUACGAUGUCAAGGCACCGUCCAUGUUUACAACUCGCCAGGUCGGCAAAACUUUGGUUAACAGAACCCAAGGAACAAAAAUCGCUAGUGAAGGAUUAAAACUGCGAGUUUUCGAAGUUUCGCUCGCGGAUCUUCAAAAUGAUCAAGAUGCUGAGAGAUCUUUCCGUAAAUUCCGUUUAAUUGCGGAAGAUGUUCAAGGAAGAAGUGUCCUCACUAAUUUCCACGGUAUGGAUUUAACAACCGACAAGCUCCGAUCUAUGGUAAAAAAGUGGCAAACGUUGAUUGAAGCCAACGUUGACGUAAAAACCACCGAUGGUUAUCUAUUAAGAGUAUUCUGCAUUGGUUUCACCAACAAAGAUCAACUUAGCCAGAGAAAAACCUGUUACGCUCAACAUGCCCAGGUCAGGAACAUAAGACGGAAAAUGGUAUCAACAAUUACAGAAGACAUUACCAAGAGUGACUUAAAAGGUGUUGUUAGCAAGUUACUUCCUGAUGCCAUCGCUAAGGACAUUGAAAAGGCAUGUCAAGGAAUUUAUCCUCUUCAUGAUGUUUACAUUCGUAAAGUAAAAGUUUUGAAGAAACCUAGAUUCGAACUUAGCAAAUUACUUGAGUUACAUGGGGAUGGUGGAAGUAAGACCAGCGAGCCUGGUGAAGCUGGAUCAAAAGUGGAUAGACCCGAAGGUUACGAACCUCCAGUUCAAGAAUCAGUUUAAAAGAUCUUUGUAAACAUAAUAUGUUGUUUCAAUAAAAGAUCAAAAAUGAA